GCCAGCCUCUCUCUCCACCCCACCCCCUCUUUCUGGCGUCCAUCCCCUCCCCAACACCACCUCUGCUGCUGCCUCUGGCUGUGGACCUGCACCUCUUCCCCAUCCCCUCCAGGCCUGGGGAGCGGGGUGAGCCUGGAUGAGAGCCCCCCAACCUGGGGCUCUCCCAGGCCAUGGCCAGAGUGCUCCCAGAGAGGAGCCCUGGCCCCUGAGCAUCUGCUAGAGGCUUGGCAGAGGCCCCGCGGGGACCGUGUCUUCUGAGGACAAAAGGCGGCGGCCAGCAGGCAGACGGGGCGGGGGGAGGGGGGACCGGCAGCCAGGCGGGCAGACGGAUAGCAGGGGCCAGAGCUGGCCCCCCUCCCAGCUUGGCGGUGGCAUGAAGAUGGGGGUGGGAGUGUGUAGUGGGAAAAGCACCUGCCUGGACCCUCACCUGCCACCUAGCUGGGCACCCCAAGGCUGUGUGCUGCCCACUUGGUGUUCCCCAACGCCCCCAGCCCUGCCCGGUGCACCCCUCCGGUCCUUGCUUCCCCUGAUGUCUGCGUUUUAGACCAGCCCGACUGCUGUAUCCACGGCAACAGAAGCAGGAGUGUCACUGGCCGCCAGAUCACUGAGGGUCCCACAAUGUGGCCUGGGCUGUGAUUUAUCCUGGGUGAAACAGCUUGAGCCCCCUCCCCGGAUUCCAAGACAGCCCUGCUAAGAGAGCCCAGAGCCUCUCUUGGUCUGGCUCCCUGCUAUGGCAGGUGCCCACCAGCCAAACAGCUCUGCUAAUGUUUCCACCUGUGCCUGAAGGAGUCGGCUGGUGCAGCCCAACAGGACAACUGAUGGAGUCCCCCAGGGCCCAUCGAAUACCGGACUGGCUAAUCCCAUAGGGCUGGGAGCAGCCCCCGCCCCUCAGUAUGGCCAACACUACCGGAGAGCCCGAAGAGGUGAGCGGCGCACUGUCCCCGCCAUCGGCAUCAGCUUACGUGAAGCUGGUACUGCUGGGACUGAUCAUGUGCGUAAGCCUAGCGGGCAACGCCAUCUUGUCCCUGCUGGUGCUCAAGGAGCGUGCCCUGCACAAGGCUCCUUAUUACUUUUUGCUGGACCUGUGCCUGGCCGACGGCAUACGCUCUGCCGUCUGCUUCCCCUUUGUGCUGGCUUCUGUGCGCCAUGGCUCCUCAUGGACCUUCAGUGCGCUCAGCUGCAAGAUUGUGGCCUUUAUGGCCGUGCUCUUUUGCUUCCAUGCGGCCUUCAUGCUGUUCUGCAUCAGCGUCACCCGCUACAUGGCCAUCGCCCACCACCGCUUCUAUGCCAAGCGCAUGACACUCUGGACAUGUGCAGCUGUCAUCUGCAUGGCCUGGACCCUGUCUGUGGCCAUGGCCUUCCCACCUGUCUUUGAUGUGGGCACCUACAAGUUUAUCCGCGAGGAGGACCAGUGCAUCUUUGAGCAUCGCUACUUCAAGGCCAAUGACACGCUGGGCUUCAUGCUUAUGUUGGCUGUGCUCAUGGCAGCUACACACGCUGUCUAUGGCAAGCUGCUCCUCUUCGAGUAUCGUCACCGCAAGAUGAAGCCAGUGCAGAUGGUGCCUGCCAUCAGCCAGAACUGGACAUUCCAUGGCCCUGGGGCCACCGGCCAGGCUGCUGCCAACUGGAUCGCUGGCUUUGGCCGUGGGCCCAUGCCACCAACACUGCUGGGUAUCAGGCAGAAUGGGCACGCAGCCAGCCGGCGGCUGCUGGGCAUGGACGAGGUCAAGGGUGAAAAGCAGCUGGGCCGUAUGUUCUACGCGAUCACACUGCUCUUCUUGCUCCUCUGGUCACCCUACAUCGUGGCCUGCUACUGGCGAGUGUUUGUGAAAGCCUGUGCUGUGCCCCACCGUUACCUGGCCACCGCUGUUUGGAUGAGCUUCGCCCAGGCUGCUGUCAACCCGAUCGUCUGCUUCCUGCUCAACAAGGACCUCAAGAAGUGCCUGAGGACUCACGCCCCCUGCUGGGGCACAGGAGGUGCCCCGGCUCCCAGAGAACCCUACUGUGUCAUGUGAAGCAAGCUGGUAGGCAGACAGGCAGGGAGAAGGUCAUGGCUACCAUGAUGGGGCCAGCUGUAAGGGAAGGGUGGGCCCCAUACAGGAGCCUUUCUUUCUGAGCUCCAGCCCUAGCCCCUUGAACCACCCGGAAUCAAGGCACCUUUGCCAACACCUCCCCAGGGUUGGAGACUGGGGUGGGGGACUGGGAAAGAGGCAUUUCUAAUUCUGUGGGGCCUGUCUCCGCUGCCUCCUUCUCCACUUCUACAAUCUCUCUCCUUUCCUCUCUCUCUCUUUCUUUCUCUCUCUUUCAUCCUCUCUCUCUCUCUCAGAAGUGACAAUUCAGAAAAAGAAACUAAGACUGAAAAUGCAGGUUUUUCUACUAGCAGCUGAGGAGACAGGCUUUCUUGCUUUAAUGUCUCUCCUUCUGACAUAGUCCAGAAGUGGGAAAUUUGUCCUGUAAAAUAGACUUCCAGAGCUCUUAUUGCCCCCUCUGCUCCCAUGCACCCUCGCCUUCCGAGUUCUUUAGCAAGGGCUGGGUGUUUAGGGAGAAAUUCAUCUGCUGACAACUGGGACCAAAGGGGGUGCUGGGUCCCCAGGGAGCAGAGACGUUUAAUUGCUAUGUUGUGUGCAAUGUUGUUUUAAGCUAACCCUGGUCCCAAGCCUGGUUUCCUCUCCCUCCCCACCAUAUCCAGACCUCCCAAGUGUUUCUUGAGCAUCUGUUCAAGAAGCCAGGAGGGGAGGGAGAAGGACCCCUGGGAUGGGCCCAGGCUAGGUGAAGAACGGGAUGUGAGCUGCACGCCUCAAGCUGAAGAGACCCGAGCUUAGCUGCAUUCUUUCGAGCUGCCCCCUGGAUCCCCAGCCCCCAACUCUUCUUCCUGAGGAUGGAAAUCCACUCCAGCCCCACUAGGGCUGAUGUGGGUGCCAUACAGGCAGGAGCAUUCCCCCAGGGAAGUGUAGGGAGAGAGCCAAACUCCCCAGAGUAACUGGAUCCCAGCACCUGGGGUCAGAGCAGAACUCAACCCCAGAAUUGUCUCCUGGGUUCACACUAUUCUCCUGAGGAUGAAAAGUUGGGGGGUGGCCUUGGUAUAACACAUAGUGGUUUAAGCUCCAAGGCACUGUGGACUUGAGUCCAUUCCUAUCUGACCUCUUUUUGUCCCCUUCAAGCCUCAGGGGCCUCAAGCCCCUCUUAGUAGCCCUUGGCCUUCUGGGCCCUCAGCCCCCAACUUCCUUCCCCUGAACAGCCCUUCUCCCCCUUCCUCCCUCCACCCAAAGUGGAGCAGACUGCAGCCAGAUUCUCCAGGUGGGAGAGCGCAAGCCUCCCUCCCAGGGCAGAGUCCACUCUGGGCUCACAUCACUGCCAGUUCUUAUGGACUGGUGAGCCAAGCUGGCAUUCCUUUGCCUGGCCUUGCCCGGAUUCUUUGUUCCCCUCUUGUUUCCUGAGGGAGGGGGAGAUCUGUAUUUAUCUACCCCCUUCCCCUUCCUGAUAGAAGCCGUUGUCCUAAGCUCCCUCCCUACCCCCACGACAGCCCCGGAACUGGGGAAGCCUUGACCCAAGAGGAAUGGGGAGGGCACUCUAGGCAGGAGAGACAUGAAUGAGCCUGGCUGUGGAGUGGUCCUGGAAAGGCAGGCCAGAGUGGCUGAGAGGCUGGGGUGGAGGGUACCUGUUCUCUCAGUAAUAGUGAUGGGGGUGCCUUUCCCAGGG